UUCCGUCUCAUCGUCCAUUUUCACGUAAUCGCACAUGGUGCCGCACCGGCCCGAGGACCGCCAGCCUCUUCGUAUUUCUGAUUCUGCUUAUUUUGUGGCGAGAAAUCCGUCUCGUAACCCCCCGAUAGAUGCAAGACACGGUGGAUAUGGUGGACGACCCAGAGUAUGAAGAGGAAGAGCCUUCCUUCAGCGACCCUGAGGACUAUGAGGAUGACGUCGACGAUGAGGAGCUCCUUGGUGACAUCCUGAAAGACAAGCCUCAGGAAGCUGAUGGCAUCGACUCUGUGGUUGUGGUUGACAACGUCCCUCAGGUCGGCCCGGAGCGUUUGGAGAAACUCAAGAACGUCAUACACAAGAUUUUCUCCAAAUUUGGCAAAAUCACCACUGAGUUCUAUCCAGAGGCUGAUGGCUUGACCAAAGGGUAUAUCUUCUUGGAGUAUGGUGGACCUACUCAGGCCCUUGAGGCAGUAAAGAACGCAGAUGGAUACAAACUGGACAAACAGCAUACGUUCAGGGUCAAUCUCUUCACUGACUUUGACAAGUACAUGAACAUCAGUGAUGAGUGGGAAACUCCAGAGAAGCAGCCUUUCAAAGACUUUGGUAACAUGCGUCACUGGAUUGAGGACCAAGAUUGUCGCGACCAAUACAGUGUGAUUUACGAAGCCGGAGAAAGGACUGCCAUUUUCAAUAACGAUGCAAAGGACCCAGUCAUAAGUGAAGAGAGAGCACGCUGGACAGAGACAUAUGUGCGCUGGUCUCCUAAAGGCACUUACCUGGCCACCUUCCAUCAACGGGGCAUUGCAUUGUGGGGCGGCGAGAAGUUCAAGCAGAUUCAGAGGUUCAGUCAUCAGGGGGUUUCCCUCAUUGACUUCUCACCAUGUGAAAGGUACGUGGUGACCUUCAGUCCUCUGAUGGACACCAAAGAGGACCCUCAGGCCAUCAUCAUCUGGGACAUUCUGACUGGGCAGAAGAAGAGAGGUUUCCAUUGCGAGAGCUCUGCACACUGGCCCAUUUUCAAGUGGAGUCAUGAUGGGAAAUUCUUUGCCAGGAUGACCACAGACACUCUGAGCAUCUAUGAGACCCCAUCCAUGGGCCUGCUAGACAAAAAGAGUCUCAAGAUUACCGGGAUCAAGGACUUCUCCUGGUCUCCUGGGGACAACAUCAUAGCAUUCUGGGUGCCUGAAGACAAAGACAUCCCAGCCAGAGUGACUCUGAUGCAGAUGCCUUCCCGUCAGGAGAUCCGUGUCCGCAACCUCUUCAACGUGGUCGACUGCAAACUGCACUGGCAGAGAAACGGAGAUUACCUAUGUGUGAAGGUGGACAGGACUCCUAAAGGAACACAGGGUGUGGUCACCAACUUUGAAAUCUUCCGCAUGAGAGAGAAGCAGGUUCCUGUUGAUGUGGUGGAGAUGAAGGAGGGCAUAAUUGCAUUUGCAUGGGAACCAAAUGGCAGCAAGUUUGCUGUUCUGCACGGAGAACCUCCCAGAAUCAGUGUCUCCUUCUAUCAUGUCAAAAACAACGGCAAGAUCGAGCUCAUAAAAAUGUUUGACAAGCAGCAGGCCAACAGCAUCUUCUGGAGCCCACAGGGACAGUUUUUGGUGCUUGCUGGACUCAGGAGCAUGAAUGGAGCUCUUGCAUUUGUGGACACGUCAGACUGCACCAUGAUGAACAUAGCCGAGCACUACAUGGCGUCUGACGUGGAGUGGGACCCGACCGGUCGCUACGUCGUCACCUCUGUCUCCUGGUGGAGCCACAAGGUGGACAAUGCGUACUGGCUGUGGACAUUCCAGGGCCGUCUUCUUCAGAAGAACAACAAGGACCGGUUCUGUCAGUUGCUCUGGAGACCCAGACCUCCCACCCUGCUCAGCUCAGACGCAAUCAAGCUGAUCAAGAAGGAUCUGAAGAAGUACUCAAAGAUCUUUGAGCAGAAGGAUCGUCUGAGCCAGUCCAAGGCUUCCAAGGAGCUGGUGGAUAAGCGCAGAUCCAUGAUGGAAGACUACCGUCGCUACAGGGAGACAGCGCAGCAGACCUAUCUGGAACAGAAGGACCUCCGCCUCGAGCUCAGAGCAGGAGUGGACACUGAUGAACUGGAUAGCAAUGUGGAAGACUGGGAGGAGGAGACCAUUGAGUUUUUUAUCAACGAAGAAAUCAUUCCCCUUGGCGAUCUGUAGUCCCCUACGCAGUCCAUCCGAUUUUGUGUGGAAGGAGGAGAGAAGAAGUGCUUCAUUGAUAGGAGAAGGACGACGACCACCCUGUGAAUCUUGAGGUUCAAAAUCAAAAGCCUCAACAUUUAACUUAAGUGACAUCAUCAAAGCCCGCCUUACUGAUCAGCAGCCACAUCAAGAAACGAGAGAUAAUACUUUGUGUUGAAUAUUCUCUACUUGUCUCUUCACCAUCACCUGCCCCAUUUUGUUAUUUCUCUCUGGAAGUUAACAUAUGACAAUACUGCCUUCUUUUUCUAUUCAUGAAUUGGAGAUACUCACUCUCUAAUCUCUUAUUGGACCUUCUUAUUACGGGGAGUUGUUUUAAACGUCACCAUGGUAGUUAGGGCAGCACAGAGUGCCAUACCAGUCUGGGUUGGAGGUUUUCUAACCAAACAAGUAACCAUCUUAAAAAUUGUGCUGAUGUGGCGCUAUAGUGGCCUGUAUCCUCCUCCUUUCCGACUCCGCUUUCACACAGGGAGAGGGCAUGCAGCGGGAAUAACUUUAAAUAAACCAUCAAACAC